GAGAUAGGAGUGUGCGGGUGAUUUUUUUUUGACCGGUGUGACCAUUUUGCCCCCGGCUCGACCCGAGGAUCAGAUCCAUCGGCUGAGUCGAACCCGGUGUGACAAGACAAACCAUCCCGCCGGCGACCCAUGGCGCCGCCGUCGCCGCUCGCCUCCGUCGUCCGGCUCGCCGCCGCCUCCCGCGUCCUAGUCCUUGCCCUCUCUCUGCUCGCCCGCCUUCUCUUCCGCCCCUACGACACCUCCGCCUCCCUCCACCCGCCAUGCCUCUCCUCCCCCUCGUCCUCUAAUUCCACGCCCGCCGCCACUCCCGCCGCCGCCGCCAUCUCGUCGCUAGCCGUAUGGGACGGCGUCCACUUCGCGCGCCCCGCCGAGUGCGGCUACGAGUACGAGCAGUCGUUCGCCUUCCUCCCCCUCCUCCCGGCCUCCCUCGUCCUCCUCUCCCGAUCCCUGUUCGCGCCGCUGGUGCCUGUUCUUGGGUACAGGGCCGUGCUCGUGAUCUCUGGGCUUGUUCUCAACAAUGUGGCGUUCGUAGCCGCUGCGGCCUACUUCUACAGAUUGUCUGUGAUAAUCUUGAAGGACUCAAGAGCAGCUUACCGAGCAUCGGUUCUCUUUUGCUUCAAUCCUGCUUCUGUGUUCUACUCAUCACUAUACUCAGAAAGUCUUUAUGCGCUGUUUUCGCUUGGAGGGGUGUUCUACCUGUUUUCUGGUGCUAAUACUGUUGCAAUGAUAAUGCUUGCUCUCUCUGGUUCAGCUAGGUCAAAUGGAGCACUUAAUGCUGGUUAUUUCUGUUUUCAGGCUUUGCUACAAGCAUAUGAUGCUGCUGUCCAAAAGAAAAGGCCCAUAUUGGCAAUGCAGGCCCUUAUCACUGGAGUUUUGCACUCCAUUUUUAUAUUUAUACCAUUCUUUGCUUUCCAAGCAUAUGGGUAUUUCAACAUAUGCCUACACGGAAACUCAGAUGAGCUGAGGCCAUGGUGCAAAGCGAAAUUGCCCCUUUUGUACAGUUUUAUCCAGAGCCACUACUGGGGGGUUGGUUUCUUGAGAUACUUUCAAGUGAAGCAGCUGCCGAACUUUCUUUUGGCUUCACCAGUACUAUCUCUUGCGGUUUAUUCUAUUGUUCAUUACACAAAAAUGCUUUGCCAACUCUUCCAGUCAACUAGCCUGCACGAGCAGAUUAUUGCCACUGUUGAGGAGAGGUCAGUUGAAGCAUAUGAGCGCUCAGAUGUUGCCACAGUAUUGAAGAGCAAAUUUUCUAUCGGACCAAAUUACAAAGAACAAGAACACACUGAGAUUAAGAAGAGAAAAUCUGUUGCAGCCAAGUCUGCUUCGACAUCUUUACAUGAUAAUUGUUCGACCGGCCAAAUUCUCAAAGACGAUAAGGAUGGGUGCCCCAUACUAGUUAUCCCUUUCAUCUUACAUCUGGCAUUCAUGACAUUGACUGCUUUCUUCGUGAUGCACGUCCAGGUGUCAACACGAUUUUUGUCUGCUAGUCCUCCAAUUUACUGGGCUGCUUCACACAUUUUGGUUUCUCCGAGGGGCUCUUCCAAGAGAUGGGGAUAUUUCAUCGUCGUUUACUUCAUUGCUUAUAUUCUUCUAGGCAGUUUGCUCUUCCCCAACUUCUACCCGUUCACAUGAGAACAGCUGAACCUUGACACGCAAAUUGUAUGAACUAGCUGGGUCUGGAGCGGAGUGUUCCUGUAUAGUUGAUGUAUCUUUUGUCACGUACAAGCUUUCAAUGUAGGAAAACAAACCCUGUUUGAGCAGUUUAUCUUAAAAGGUUUCAUGCUGCUGAGUGCUGAGAGAAGCUAUGCAUUUAAAUUUGAGAUGAUUCUGGCAGCAAUGUUUCUA